GAUCCACAAUGGCACAAAAUCAGCCCUCGUAUCUGCCACCGGACAUUCUGGAGUCCCAAAUAUCCAUGAUCGACCUGUUAACCGCCAUGUUUCCUUCGCCGGGAGAGGUUGAAAUACCCGAAUCGACAUCUCAAUGCGUCGAGAAACUUCGGGAAUGGUGCGAAAAUCCCUCGUCGCCAAUGCCAUCGGGAAUCCCCACCAGCAUAUAUCUCACGGUCUCCUUGCCAAUAGCAGAUGGAGAAAAGUCUAUCCAAGUUAAUAUGUCUAUUCCACUUCAAUCGGAAAAAGACACAGACACGAUAGACCAGCCGCCCCCGGCAAAUUACUCAUUACGCCAACCAGACUGGAUGUCCAAGGCCGAGUUGGCACAGCUGGCCGCCGGAAUGCCGCAAGAUGAUGUCUUGGAGACGUUUGAAUACGUACAAGAAGAGCUAAACCGCUUCUUGGAAUCGCAAAAGCAACGAGAAGCCCAGGCCGCGGAGGCAACCAAUGCCAGUUCAGGCCGUGAAGGUCCCAUUGUGCGAGUUUGGUUCUAUUUCCCGUCUCUAUCAACGAGGAAGAAGAGAGAUGAUAUGGUCAACAAUGCUCCUGCCUAUUCUCUCACUGGCUUUGUUCUGGCGGGGAAACCGGGAGUGCUGUGUCUAGAGGGAGCUUCGUCCGACAUCGACGCUUACAUGAGCUUCAUUAAGACGCAUUCGUGGGGCGAUAUACCAAGCCACCAGAAGAAGGUUAGUGAGAGAUUCCGUGAGAAGGAUGGUGUGGAGAGAGUGUUUAGUGGGAUGGAGGAGAUUACGGACUCGCUGGGUGAGCGCGGUGGGCAAAGGGCCAACCGUGGAGAUAUGCAGGCUCUGGAAGCGUGGUUGGACGCUAGAGGGUUACAGGAAGCAUUUGAGAAGGUUAUCUUCUAAACUUUCGACUAAAGCCAUGUAUACAUUCUCAUGUUUGCUGGGAACACUUGUGGGUUUGGCAGUCUUCG